AUGAAACCCUACAGCCUCCUCAGCUGUUUAGCUAUCCUCGGGCCUGCGGCCUUGACGGUUGCACAAACCCUCAACAUCGUCGCACAUCAAGAUGAUGAUCUACUUUUUAUGUCUCCAGACGUUCUCAACGACGUACGGUCAGGUCGUGCCGUCCGCACCGUCUUCCUCACGGCGGGCGACGCAGGCCAGGGCGAAGACUACUGGACCAGCCGUCAAGCCGGAUCCCUAGCGACUUAUGCACUGAUCGCAGGUGUUGCCAAUGAAUGGAACGAAGGCGACGCAGGCAUCGAGGGAUUCGACAUCCCAGUAUACGAACUCGCAGCCAAACCACAGAUCGAACUCGCUUUCAUGCACAUUCCCGACGGCAACGGAGACGGCUCCGGUUUUGCGUCCACCGGUAGUGUUAGUCUUCAAAAGCUCUGGGAGGGAACCAUCGACCAGAUCGGCACCGUCGAUGCCUCUGGCACUACGUAUACAAGGCAGCAACUUCUGGACGUCCUUUCUGAUAUUAUUGAGAAUUUCAGUCCCGACCGUAUCAACACUCUGGACUAUGUCAACGAUCUCGGUGACGGCGACCAUAGCGAUCACCACACUACUGGGUUCUUUGCCGAUCACGCAUCGCAGGCUGCCGAUAAUGAUGCGGCCUUCUUCGGAUACAUGGGUUAUCCAGUCUCCUCCCUGCCCGCUAACCUCAAUGCCGACCAAAUUGCGGAUAAGAAAACCAUCUUUUAUUUCUAUGCCGGCUAUGAUUCCGGUACUUGCAAUAGCGAUGCUGCUUGCGCUGGCAGACCGGAGCUUUCUUGGCUGGAGCGACAGUAUCAGGUAUGA